AUGUCCAACUCUCUGGAUCAGCUCAAGGCCGCUGGCACUGUCGUCGUUUGCGACUCUGGUGACUUUGCAACCAUCGGCAAAUACAAGCCCCAAGAUGCCACCACCAACCCUUCCCUCAUCCUGGCUGCCUCCAAGAAGGCCGAGUACGCCAAGCUGAUCGACUCUGCUGUCGAGUACGCCAAGAAGCACGGCGGCUCUGUCGACGACCAGGUCGACGCUGCCCUCGACAGACUGCUGGUCGAGUUCGGCAAGGAGAUUCUCAAGAUCAUCCCCGGCAAGGUCUCCACCGAGGUCGACGCCCGCUUCUCCUUUGACACCAAGGCCUCCGUCGACAAGGCCCUGCACAUCAUCAAGCUCUACGAGGAGCAGGGCAUCUCCAAGGACCGCAUCCUGAUCAAGAUCGCCUCCACCUGGGAGGGUAUCAAGGCCGCCGAGAUCCUGCAGCGCGACCACGGCAUCAACUGCAACCUGACCCUCAUGUUCUCCCUGCCCCAGGCCAUCGCCGCCGCCGAGGCCAACGCCUUCCUCAUCUCGCCCUUCGUCGGCCGCAUCCUCGACUGGUACAAGGCCUCCACCAAGAAGGAGUACGCCAAGGAGGAGGACCCCGGUGUCGCCAGUGUCAAGGCCAUCUUCAACUACUACAAGAAGUUCGGCUACAAGACCAUCGUCAUGGGUGCCUCUUUCCGCAACACCGGCGAGAUCACCGAGCUCGCUGGCUGCGACUACCUGACCAUCUCCCCCAACCUGCUUGAGGAGCUCCUCAACUCCUCCGAGUCCGUCCCCAAGAAGCUCGAUGCCAGCGCUGCCAGCAGCCUGAACAUUGAGAAGAAGACCUACAUCAACGACGAGGCCACUUUCCGCUUCGACUUCAACGAGGAGCAGAUGGCCGUCGAGAAGCUCCGUGAGGGUAUCAGCAAGUUCGCCGCCGAUGCCAUCACCCUCAAGGACAUCAUCAAGAAGAAGAUUGCCGCUUAA